UAUAUUACUUUGCGAAAACUUGGGUAUGGCCAAUACUCAACUGUUUGGCUGGCGCGUGACCUGAGGUACAAAUCCGAACCACUACGAUUCAAUCGAAUCCUUGGAUCUGUCAUUGACACACCCCUAACACCAUACUAGGAGAGUGGCCGAAGGGUGGUUCAACUCCACCGUCGAAGCUCCCGGUGGCAAAGGCACCUCUCCUACGUAUCACAGGAAAAUAAAACAACUACAAUGCUUCCAAAUCCGAACCACUAAUUUAAGGGGCUCUCAGUAAGCUAACAGUAUGCACCAGAACGAAAACACACGUGGCCCUUAAAGUUUUAAGGUCGGAUUGUUAUAAUGACAAUCAUGAUAUUUUCGAGCUUGAGAUGCUACAGCACAUCGAACAUGAAUCGUCCCUAUCGACCCAUGCCGGAUAAAACCACGUCCUUCGGCUGCUCAACCACUUUCGCCACGAAGGAGAAGAGGGAACUCACGUAUGUCUUGUGUUCCCCGUUUUGGGGCAUCACCUAGGCCUUCAAAUUGCCAAAUUUGACCAGGGACGCAUCCCAGUGGCUGUGAUGAAGGAAGUAGCUCGGCAAUUACUUCAGGGGUUGGAUUAUUUGCAUCGAGAAUGCGGCAUCAUACACACAGACCUGAAGCCAUCGAACAUACUACUCGAGCUGGAUGAUUCCAAGGCAGUUGUUUCGAGAUAUAUCGAGCAAACCCCAGUUCGAACCACAGAGACAGAUGCUGGCAGCGAGGAAGGCGUAAUUGCGACACCCCUGAGUGAAGUUAUUACAACACCAUUAAUCUCAGAAAUGGAUAAUAUUCGUGUGAGGAUUAUCGAUUUUGGAGUCGCAUCUUGGGUGGAUAAACAUUUAUCAGAUCGGAUCCAACCACCUCAUCUGAGAGCCCCCGAAGUUACGCUGGGCGCUCCGUGGGGUACGGGUGUGGAUAUAUGGAGCUUUGGGUGUCUCAUUAUUGAGUUCGUGAAGGGCCAUCUCCCAUUCCCUGGGGCCGCAUCGCGGGAUGGAACAUGGACAGCGGAAGAUGACCGGCUCGCACAGCUCAUCGAGGUUUUCGGGCCUUUUCCUAGGGCUCUUCUUGAACGAGGCGCCAGGCCUAAGGAGUUCUUCGAUGAAGGUAAUUUGCUGCGUAUCCCAAAGCUUUCGCCCGCGUCUUUCCUCUCAUUGAUGGAUGGCGAGACUGAGGUCCUUCGAAGGCCGAAGGAUAUGCCGAAGGCCGAGGUGCCUGUCUUUGUCGACUUCUUGGAGAACGUGCUGGCCAUUGAUCCCGAUGACAGGAAAUCAGCGGCUGAGAUGCUGAAGCACCCCUGGCUUGUUCCAGAAGCUGUGAGAACAGCUCCACCCGAACGCUCUUAG